UGUUUGUUGCUAUUGCUUUCACCUUGUUGUUGCUGGGCAGGGCAAACAAGUGUUAAAAACUAUUUGUGGUGCAAUAUCUUUAGCAAUUACCGCUCGGCGAUCGACUUGGUUGCUCGAUUGUCUACGCCAAGUAAACGAGAUUAGGACAGCAAAAGUCGCGGCAGCACCGAGAAUCGAUUUACCCAACCAUCAGUCAAAUCGGUAAAAGAAAUGAGCCAGACGGAGGCCACCAAGUCGUCCACGAACCCGGACUCGGAGCCUGACGAGGCGAAGGGCAGUGCCAAGCAGCUGCUGGAGACGUACCGUGUGUACGUGGUCACCUGGAAUGUGGGCAGCCGUUUCCCGGAUAACAUAUCGCUGCGCCAGCUGCUGGGUCUGCAGGAUGUGACGGCAUCGAAGGAUUCGGAGGCUCCAACUCCCCACCUGCCGGACAUCUAUGCCCUGGGCCUGCAGGAGGUCAAUGCCCAGCUGGAGCAACAGGUGUUGGGCCUAUUCAAGGAGGAUCCGUGGACGCGCAAGGCCAAGGAGCUGCUCCGCGGCUAUGACUAUGUGGCCGUGAAGACGGAGCAGAUGCAGGGACUGCUGCUCAGCAUGUUUGUGCGGCGACAGCAUGUCGAGCACCUGCAAGACAUCGAGGCGGAAUUCACGAGAACCGGCUUCGGUGGCAUUUGGGGCAACAAGGGCGCUGUGAGCGUUCGGUUCACCCUGUACGGCUGCGGCCUGGCCUUUGUCGUGGCCCACCUGGCCGCCCAUGACCAUCAGCUGGACGAGCGCAUCGAGGACUACAAGAAUAUUCUGGAGAACCAUCAUUACCAUGUCAAGCGGUACAGGGAGAUCUACGAUCACGACUAUGUAUUUUGGUUUGGCGAUCUCAACUUCCGGCUGCAGGGCGAUGACUCCUCCAAGGAGGUGCGGGAACUGCUGCGCGAUGAGUCCCAGCACGAGACUCUCAUCCAGCGCGAUCAACUGUAUCAGGUGCGCGAGAAAUCGCAGCAGGCCUUCCAGGUCUUGAACGAGCGUCUGCCCGCCUUUCCGCCCACCUUCAAGUUCCGCGAGGGCACCUCCGAGUACGACCUGAAGCGUCGGCCAGCUUGGACGGAUCGGAUUAUGUACGCCGUCCAGCCACUGAACAGGCAACCCGGCAUGCAGCUGUCCAUCGAGCAGUGCUCGUACAAAUCCCAUCCCGUCUACACCAUCAGCGAUCACAAGCCGGUGACCAGUGACUUCACCCUUAAACUCUAUCCCAAUGUGCGAGCACCGGGCGUGGUGUUCUCACCGCUGACGCUCUGGAAGAUUGGCGACGAGAACACCGUGGAGUAUCGCAAGCAGGCUGAGUUCGAUGAGGGUCCCAACGACUGGAUUGGCAUCUAUCCGGCCGAGUACGCCAGUCUGGCGGACUACGUGGCCUACGAGUAUGUCAAUCAGGCCGAGUCACCCACCUCCUCGGACUCCAAUCACGAGGCAGAUCCCUUCGACACGCCCUCGCAUCACCGCAGGGGUCGGCAUCAUCAUAAGAAUCGCCAGCGAUUGCGGCGACAACAAAAGGACAAUGCCCAGGAGCAGGUGCGUCUCGAUUUCGCCGACGAUGUGGAGCUGCGGCAUGGCGAGCAGUAUCUGUUGAUCUAUUUCCGCAACACCGGAGUGAGGGGCGUGACCAGUGUGGCGGGCAUCAGUGGCGUCUUUGUGGCGGAGAAGCGACCGGGCUCGCCCCAUCGGACGACGUGACAUUUCGACCACCACACGGGUUAUGUAUAUUAACUGAGCCUAUGAGACCGUCUUAAUAUUGUUUGUUUUUGCUGUUGACUCAACGCCGCCCCCCAAAUACGUUUAUAUAUUUGUAAUUAUACAAUUAUCCAACCAAU